CCAUUUUUCAAGCUAAUGUUUUUGUCCAGUACGAGUCCUGCAGGUGCAACCCAGUCCCCUUUCCCCUUAAAACAAACAUUUUAACAUUUUUAUCAGUUUUGCAAUUUAAAUCAAGCAUGUCUAAUCGGAAUACGCCGGAUCCAAGCACCCCGAAAAGCGAGUCCCCUCACUCGGCUGUGGAGGACGCGAAGACGGACUCCCCAGCUCCGGAGCAGCCCGAUGCAGCGAACAAAGACAAUCCGCCUAAGCAGUCCUCUCCCCCGGCCACAGAGCAAGCAGAGGCUCCCGAGGAAGAAGCAAACUCAGAUGAGGGACCGAAAGAAAUGACUUUAGACAUGAGUUGUUUGAGGAAACCAGGGGAGAAAACUUUUACGCAAAGAUCGAGACUGUACGUGGCCAAUCUUUCUCCAGACAUCACCGAGGAGGAGUUCAUUGAGCUUUUUGCGAAAUAUGGGAAAACUGAAGAGGUAUUCAUAAACAAGGAAAGAGGUUUUGGAUUACUACGAUUGGAGACCAGAAUUCUCGCAGAAAUUGCCAAAGCUGAACUUGACGGGACUCUUGUAAAUAAUCGUCAGAUUCGAGUUCGUUUGGCGUCACACGGGGCAACGCUCAAAGUCCGAAACCUACUUCCUAUUGUCACCAAUGAACUUUUAGAACAGGCUUUUUCUCAGUUCGGGCCUGUGGAAAGAACAAUCGUGAUCACAGACGACAGAGGACGACCGACGGGGAAAGGAUUCAUCGAGUUUGCAAAUAAAGUGGCUGCUCGUAAAGCUUUGGAGAGGUGCACAGAGGGGGCUCUACUACUGACCAACACUCCUUGCCCAGUCAUAGUCGAGCCUUCAGAACAGUUUGAUGAAGAAGAUGGACUGUCUGAAAAGAUUCUGCCCAAGACCCCAAGAUACUACAAAGAGCGUGAGCAGCAUCCCCGCUUCGCUCAGCCUGGCACUUUUGAGUUUGAAUACGCGUCUCGGUGGAGAGCUCUGGAGGAGAUGGAGAAACAGCAGAAGGAGCAGGUGGAUAAAAACAUCAGAGAGGCCAAAGAGAAACUGGAGCAAGAACUUGAGGCAGCUAAACAUGAACACCAGCUAAUGCUAAUGAGACAAGACUUAAUGAGACGCCAAGAGGAGCUGAGGCGGUUAGAAGAACUUCGAAAUCAGGAACUACAAAGAAGAAAGCAGAUCGAGAUGAGACAUGAGGAGGAGAGGAGGCGCAGAGAGGGAGAGAUGAUGAGACACAGAGAACAGGAGGAGCAGAGGAGAGCCCCAGAGCAAAGACCAAACUACCCCAACAUGGAGGGACAGAGGGAGCAGGAGAUGAGAGCUGGAGACAUGGGCCAAAGAGGACCUGUUAAUAUGGGAGAGGGCUUUAACCAGGCGGCUCUGGGGCCUGGAGUGACCCACCCUCAGAUGAUGGGGAUGAGACCAGCGGGCGUCAGUCCAGAGGGAGCGGCCAGUAUGAGUCCAGCCAUGGGCCCUGAGAAUGGAGCUAUGAGGUACCCCCAGCCUGGUUCUAUGGGAAUCCGGCCGGACAUGGACCCCUCCAAACAGCCCCAGCAGCAGCAGCCGCAGCCACAGCAGCAGCAGCAGCAGCAGCAGCAGCAGCAGCCCUCUCCCCUGGGCGCUCAGAUGGGCCAGUCUCAACCCUACGGAAGCCCCCACGGAGCAGCUUUUGAUGGUCCCAACAGCAAGAGACGGAGAUUUUAACUUCAAAAUCAUUCACGGACCUUAAGAAGAUGGAAAAUAUUUUUAUAUUGUUUUUAUACUGUUUUGUUUUUACCAUUUUGUCUGUUUUUUUUAAAUGUAUUUAUUUAGUGUUGUUUUGUUUUGAAGAUUGUCUCCAAGUUAAUUUGUUACUGUGAAUCUUAAGCAAAAAAGUUACAAUUUUUAAAACGCUAUUAGAUUAAUUACAGUUAUAAUGAAAUUGCAAUAUUAGUUGAUGUAAUGUUACUUGAAAACAACAAAAUAAUAGAGUAACAAUGAAUCUGUAUUAAACCCUGCAUGGGAUUCUUGUAUUAGUUAAAGAUGCAUUAUGUAAUUUUUCUGCUUUCUGCUUGUCUCCAUGGAGCUUUAUAGUACACCACGGUAUGGCAUAAACACAUUUACGUCCAUGGUGACAAGCAGCUAAAGCCUCCAGGCCAAGUUAUGGGUCAGAUCUGUGGAGAGGUGACACUCCUUAUAGUUAGAAUCCAUGUUUUUCAAGCUGUUUUUGACCAAUAAAAUCACUUAUAGUUGGCUGAAUGCAUAAUAUAUGCAGUAUUUUUAAAGCCAUACUGAGGAACAUUCCAGUCGAAGCAAUAACAUUUCAAUAACAUUCAUAUGUAGUGCACCUCUAAGCAGUUUUUAAAAUUUUAGUCUCAAAUAUCCAACUAUUAUAUUAUAAAUCUCAAUUGCAGUACAGUUCUAGUUUCUUUUUUCUCUCUGAUCUGAAAUUGUCUUAUAUUUUAACAUCAGAUGCCCUCCCUGACACAAUCUCUCCAUUAAUCCAGGUUUGGGAUUACUUGAAAUUACUGUAUUGACUUUAUUUUACAGGGAUGAAAUAUAUUACGAGUUACUACCAGUUUAAAGAUAACAUCACAAGUGUCUAAAGCUGCUUUAUGUCCAGUAUACAAUUAUGUGAAACUUCAUAGGAAACCAGGAUAACACUAGAAUACCGGUGUUUUAAGGAAUUAAAAUAUUUAUUGUGAACUAAA